GGACAUAUAAAGAAAAUAUAACUACAUAAAGCAUAUUAUUAAUGCAUUAUAUUAUAUUUUUAAGUUUACCUCAGGUAAUAUACCUUUAGUCAUUCAUCAACAUGGAUUACAGAAUACCCAACUGAAAUCAUGCAAAAGUGUAAUAACCUCAUAAAUCAGACAAUGGCUAUAAAAACAUAAUAUACAAGUGCACUCAAAAAUGGUUCAAUGAUCACAGAAUCUAACGUUCAGCGAAGCUCCAGAAUAGUGGGCUGAGCCUCUGCAGGAUUCCUUACAGCAUGAGAUCGUAAGAUUCCUUACUCUGUAUUCUCCACACUCAACAACCCUUAAAGGAGAUGAAUCAGUGCCGUCACGUUGGCAACGGAUGUUGCACUAAAUUUACGAAUGCCGAUAAUGGUAAUGUGUUGUUUUUUUGUUGGUUUUCUUUUAGAAUUAAAUGUAAUUAAAUGAAAAGUUUGUUACAUACUGUGUGAAAUCAAGCUAAAUAACUACAAAGAUAUUUUUCCCUAAACAUCAUCUUAUACCUGUCUUUACCAUGGGUGCCAAUAAUUCUGGGACACAAGAUGUAAGAAAAAAAUUAUUGUAUCUUCAGUCCUUUAAUAAACUUGUGUUCCAGCAUCAGCUGAAAAAGAAAAAGAUAGUGAAGGACAUGCAAUCAGAUGCUGGAUAUUUUUUAAUUUAGCACAGAACCAGCAAUAGAAUUAAGAAAAAAAGAAUAUUUGCAGUCUCAACCUUGAAUAUCCUCAGUGUAACCUACAAAAUCCCAUUUCUUAUGAUGUUUGGCACUUGAUAGGACCAGUUUAUUCAUCUCCUGCCAGGUUGUUUGACGUUUCCUCCGACUGUGUCAUAAAUGUGUGGAUUGUUGCAAACAGUCUGGACUCUGGAAAUAAGGGUCAAAGUAAUAACACUCCUAUUGUGUCAGCCUAGUGAUAGUAAAAUGGAACUAUUUAUAAAUACCAGUACAGAGGUUACUAGUCAUUUACACCCUGGUCUUUUACCAAAGCAGUUACAACAUACCGUAUUUGCUUGAAGAUGGAAGAAGAGAAAGUGGAGCUUAGAGAGCUAGAGAGAUCUUCAGAAGACAAGGUCAAAAAGGAAGCUAAACCACCCAACAGGUUUGAGAGAAUAAUCCAGCCAUGCAUUGCUGAGUUGGUUGGGACUAUGUUUUUUGUCUUUAUUGGUUGUGUAUCAGUGAUUGAGAAUGUAGAGGCAGCUGGUCGUCUGCAGCCGGCGCUGGUGCAUGGGUUGGCUGUGGCUGUAAUGGUAGCCUGUAUGGCAGAGAUCAGUGGGUCCCAUUUCAACCCACCAUUUACUUUGGCGAUUUUCUUAUGUGGAGGAAUGCAGUUUGCAAUGGUUAUCCCAUAUCUUAUCAGCCAGCUUGUUGGAGGUGUGCUUGGUGCUGCAAUGUCAAAGAUCAUGACAUCGAAGGAAAACUACAUAAAUGCCACUGGUGCAGCUUUUACCAUUCUACAAUCAGAAGAACAAGUACCAGGGGCUAUAUUUGCUGAGAUAGCAAUGACCUGUCUGGUGACUAUGGUCGUGCUCCUGGGGGCAGUAAAUGGGAAAAGCAAGAGUCCCAUGGUACCUUUCCUGGUGGGCUGCACUGUGAUUGUCAACAUCCUGGCAGGAGGUGAUGUAUCUGGCACCUGUUUGAACCCUGCAAGAGCUCUCGGACCUGCACUGCUGGCUGGUUACUGGGAUUAUCACUGGGUAUACUGGGUUGGCCCUAUUAGUGGCGGCUUGAUAGCUGCAGCCCUUGUAAGGCUCCUGCUGGGCGAUGAGAAGAUCAGAGUUAUUAUGAAAUGAUGGCACAAUUCUGGAAAAAAAAACACAAGCCUGUUUGUUUAAUAUCCAACAGCGUUGAUGAAACUGUCAGAGUGCUUAACUGGUCAUGUUGCCAGCUGAAUUUGUAUAUGCCACAGUAAAAUAUUGAUAAUAAUAAUAAUAAUGUAACUUUUCAACCAAUAAUACAGAAGUUAAUAAACGGAGAAAAAUGUACAGUAUUGAAUUAACUCUUCCAGAAAUUUUGAAUUGUUGUGUAAUGAUGAAUUUUAUACCGAAACAUGAAAUAAAUCAAUUUUAUGAAAGUACCUUUGUGAUUUCCUGAACAAACAAGCUGAAAUAAAAUUAUCUAUGGAUUUAUCU